GAAAACAGAGUGAUCAUAAAAAACCAUAUCAUACAAAGCGCCGAGAUCUACGUGAGCGGCAACGCAAUUCUCCUGGGCUUUCGGUCGGUGCCAAAACCUGAUUGAUAAGCCAGCGUCUGAGAACGGCAAGAACCGAUCGGCCGCCGAUAUCCAUAUAAAUAUAGAUAGGCUGGUCACGGGCAGCAUUGCAGUUCAGCACUCGCAGCGGAGCACUUCCAUCCGAGCCAUGUCAGUUCAAGGAAUCAUCCACAGCCUCCUGGUGUCCCUGCUCCUUCUCCUGGCAGUCGUGUCCGGCUCCCCGGCCCGGGGAUAUUACCAAUCUCCGACGCGAGGCGGUCGCAGUUACACGGACAUCGCCCGAGUGGUCAAUCCGAAUCAGUACGCCUUCCCGGGAUCCCGCACUUAUCCGGGCCAACCCUUCUGGCCUUCGGGUUAGGAAUAACAUUAUACUAUGUGGCUUUAGUCGUCUCAGGAUUAGCUAGACAAUGAACUGUUAUAUAUUAUACCGGAAAAUAUUCAAUAGAAUUAAGUUUAAGAUAAGUAGCAUUAACAGUGCGACCAAAAUUGUUCCAAUGGAAUAAUAUUAUUAAAUAAAUUAU